AUGUCUGUCGAAGGAACAAGCAACGUAGAAAGGACGUUUGCUGCCUAUUCAAUUAAAAUGAUAAAGGGUGGGAAAAAUUCCGUACAGACAGCAUCUAUAAAUGAGCUAGUGCGCGAAUUGGGUUACGCACCUUCGAUAAAAGAACUAGAUGAAUUUGCAAAAAGCGUCGGCGAUCAGUGCGAUUUAAGUACCCUUAAGACCUUUUUAGAUAAAAUAGAUCAUACAGAAGAUACACAUAAUAAUUUUAUGGAACUUUUCAGAUUUUAUGAUCCAGAGAAAACUGGAAAGGUUAGCAAAAAACUUUUGCAAAGGAUUCUCACAAACGUUGGGGAAACACUUGAUGAUGACGAAAUAAAAAGAUUUUUUGGUACACUAUCUACUGAUGAUGACGACGAAAUUGUAUAUGAAGAUUUGAUUAAUAAGUAA